AAGAUCUGAACACAGUUGCUGAGUGUCUGUUUUCUCUAGUCAAUGGCGAUGACAUGUUUGCAACCUUUGCUCACAUCCAGCAGAAGAGCGUCUUGGUGUGGCUGUUCAGUCGUCUGUACUUAUACUCCUUCAUCAGCCUUUUCAUAUAUAUGAUCCUCAGCCUGUUCAUUGCCCUGAUUACAGACUCCUAUGACACCAUUAAGAAAUACCAACAGAAUGGGUUUCCUGAAACGGAUCUUCAGGAAUUCCUGAAGGAAUGUAGUAGCAAAGAGAAGUAUCAGAAAGAGUCCUCAGCCUUCUUGUCGUGCGUCUGCUGCCUGAGGAGGAGGGGAAGUGAUGACCACUUGAUACUUGUCAACUAAAGUCCUUCUGCUAAAGAUAAUCAAGUUUCAGGCCUUUCUACCCAGUGACAGUGCAGAGGGACCCCGAACAGCUUGGAGCAGCACUUCGAAAAAUACUGACUUAUUACUGGUGGAGCAGGAAAGAGGACUGUCAGCUGGUUGAACACAACUGAAGUUCCAAAGUUCCUUUUAUAAACUUGGAUGGGAUGAAGCAUAGACUACAGUCAACUACUGGGCAUGAGUGCAAUAGAGCAGAGAUAAUGACAUUCUGCACGGGACUUUAAUUUAUGACAUCACAGUGUGGGGCUGGGAAAAAAUAUCACAUUUCAGAGUGUGCAAAAACAAUGGCACUUAAAGCCGUGCAUUGAAAGAUGCGUGUUUAUCAUGCACUAGGUGUUUGUUUUAAAAGUGAUUCUUGGGUUAGAAGACAUUUGUUAAUUCAUGGUGUGCACAGCAAUGAAGUUGGUUGUGAUACUAAAUUAAAAAUUCCAAGUUGGAGAACCAUUAAGCCUUUUAAAGAACACACAUCAACAAAAAGACCUCUUGUAGUGGACAUUUCUAGGCCUGUUUGUAUGUGUGUGUGUGUUUCAGCAUGACAGGAAGCAACUGUUGGCAUUGUCAGUGGGAUAAAUUGGAAAUAGAGUCAUUUGGACACCUUGUCACUUGUGCUAAUUGUUGAUUGUACACAUGACAUGUGGAAGUGAACUGUAACAGUGCUCACUCAUUUUAACAGUUGAACUCUACUAUGGUGGUGAUUUGCCCUUGUCAAGCAAGGAAAGAUGGUAUUUUUUUCCCAAAUAAAUUUAUUUUAUCACAACAAA